ACGUGUUUUUUUUAAAGUUUUUUAAGUAAUUUAUUUAUUUUUAGCAUUAGAGACAUUAGAGACCACAGCAAACUAGCUUCAUUCAUUCUAGUUUUGAUUUUGAAAUCAAAGCUAUUGUCAAGUGCCUUGACUCUGGAGUUGACUCUUGAAUUGAAUUGAUUUUAUUUGGAAGAUUAACAGCAUGGCUUCAGCAGAUGCUUUUAAUGAGGCAAGAGAAUAUUUGCUCAAGGCUUUUUUCAGUGCUCCAAAACCCCCAGAUUUGCCCAAGAAAAAAACCAAGGAGCAAUCCAGCCAUUUACAACAAAAAUCACAGAACAAGAAAGGCGAUGAAAAGAAGAUGACGAGUGAUGGCUUCAAAAUAAUUUCUGAAGAAGACCUUGCAGAUGAUGAUUCCGAUAUUAGUGAUGCAUUCGAGUCUGACAUUGAGCCUGACGGAGAAGAAUCAACCUCGGAAAUAGAUGAACCUCCUAAUUCUAAUGCUACAAAAGAUGAUAAAUACACAGAUGAUGGUUUUAAAAUAGUAUCCUCUAUUCCUGAGGAUGACACUGAUGUAUCUGAUGCCUUUGAUGAAAGUGACAUCUCAGAUGAAGAGGAAAGUAUACCUUCAGAGAAUGAAAACAGUCAAACAUUCAAAUCGCUUGUAAACAUUAAAGCCAAUUCUUUUUCUUCAGAUAAACAAAAUCUAAUUUCUAAACAAAAUCUUAAUGUGAAAUCAACAGAAUCUAAUGUAAAAACAAUGUCCAACAAGUCAACAAUCGAGAAGAAAUCAGAGGGAAAUUGCAUUGAAAAUUCUAGUCAUAAUAACAAGAAAAGAAAAAGAGGAAGCAAGAAGAAAAAUACUGGCAAUAUAAAGUCACCAUAUGCUCAGGAGUCUUCAUCAUGUGCUCCAAAGAAGAAAAAAUCUAAGAAAGAAGAAACAAAUUUAUCUUCUGAAGAUAUAGAAAUUAUCAAAUCUCGCUAUCCUGCACAUGUACAUAAAAUUGUAGAAAAAUUAGAUCUGAACUGGGCGGACUUGGAGAGCAAAAAGAUGCGUGAUAAGAGGGAACUUGCAAAACUGCCUCAACCAAAACCUAUUCCCAAUUGCCAAGUGUACCUCAAGAAAUGUCCAGGCAGUGAUAAAGUACUCACAGUUUAUGAUUAUUCUGAAAAACGUGUAGCCAUUCCUUCAUCCAUAGAGAAACCUAUUAACAAGAAAGAAAAUAAGAAAAGUAAGCAGCUUAAAACUGUUCUCAAAGAUGGGGAAAAGGCUUUAACACCAGAAGAAGAAGCAAAGAUUCAACUGAGGCGUGAAAUGAAGGAACAACACCUGGAAGAACUGCGCAGCAUCAAGCGUCGGCUCAACACGGAGGUGAUCAGCAAGACUCUCGACCCUGCCACUCGAACGCUCAACAUGCUCAAGAAAAUAGAGAAGCUGGGCGGAUCUAAAGUAAAGAAACCGUUUGUGAACUACAAGUUAUACAUGGAACAAAAGAAGAGCGAGAAGGCGUCUGAGCAAGAGAAGAAACAAACGCUACUUGAUACCGGCAUGCGAGAUCUGGUGAAGAAGAAGCGCCGCGUUCGUCGCAAGCGCGACGCCAACGACGUGCCAGGCUGGGGCUCCCUAGGGGGGAGGUUCAACAAGGAGGGCGUGCGAGUCAUCGGCAGAAAGGACAAGGCUUCCCUCGACCUCAAACAAUAAACUACUUUGUGUGUC